ACAACGUGUUACAGUAACUUUCACUUUGCUCACUGCCUCAGCGUGCUGGUAAGCUGGCUACGCAGUGGUCAGUAGGGUCUAUAGACAAGACUUAUAAUACUGUAAGAAACUAGACAAUGGCCAAGAAACUAGACAAUGGUUCAAAAAGCACCGAGAACGACUUUGAGAACCAGUACGACUCAACAUGGGACGAUGAGGAUGACGAAGAGCAGCACGACAGGACGAAGGUACCCAAGCAGCAGAUUCACUGUACCCACAGAGACUUAUAUGCUGCAAAGGACAUGCAAAAUUAUAGACAUAUGUGUCAGGUACCACCUUGUCUGGAUCCCCCUGGACCUCAGAGCAUUAAAGAUGCAGAAAGGUCUGAAGAUGAUGAGAGGGAGAUGUUUAACCUGAGGUUUUAUCAAAAUAAGAUACCAUCUCGCCCUGAUGAUUUAUACAUUCGGGACUUUCCCCGGUAUUGGUUUCGUGAUUACAAAAAGCUGGAAAAUACACACUCCUACAUUCAGUGGCUGUUUCCAAUUCAAGAGCAAGGGGUAAACCAUUGUGCACAUGUCCUUACCCAAAAAGAAAUUAAGUUUUUUCGUAAAGAUGACGAACUGAAGAGAAGACUGCUGAAGUCUUACAGGCUUAUGCUGGACUUCUAUGGCAUAAAGCUGCUGGAUGAGAAUACAGGUAAAGUGGGACAUGCAGAAAACUGGAGAGAGCGAUUUGAGAACCUAAACAGAAAAACACACAACAACCUCCGCAUCACCCGCAUUCUGAAGAGUCUGGGCAUCCUGGGGUUUGAGCACUACCAGGCUCCUCUGGUCUGCUUCUUCCUCACGGAGACUCUGGUAAGAGGAAGACUUCCCAGAGUGAAGCGGAGUGUUCUAGACUACUUUAUGUUCUCUGUUCUGAACAGGUCAGAGAGAAAAGAACUGAUUAGAUUUGCCUUUGAGAAGUUUGAGACAAAGGAAGAAUUUGUGUGGUGUCCUAAAAGGAUUCAAAGAAGAUUUCAAAAGGAGAUCAAUGCCAGAAAAGCAGGAAAUCCUGAGACACACCCUUCAGGAUCAGAGUCUGGUGCUCCAAGGAAAACACCGAAAGCAAGAAAACAAAAAGUAAAAAGACAGGAUCAGUGUCUGGUGCCCCCCAGCCAACCUCUAAAAAUGAAAAAGAAUACUUCAUGUUGCUGUAUGUUAUAGGUCAGACACUGAUCAGAUUUGCCUUCGAGAACUUGUGUGGUGGAGAAAUUUGUGUGGUGUCGUCUAAGGUUUAAAAAUUACAGCUUAAAUCCAGUUAUAGUAAAAAAUAAUGCAGAAAAGAAACACCAUGAGGUUUCUCAGCUUGAAACAAAACCUCUGUGCUAGGCCUUUAGUGUUUAGAACACAAAGUGAACAUUUUUCAGCCUAAUGUCCAUCUGCUACAUCAAUUACCACUGUAGGAUACAGUUGAUUAGCACAUCUGUGGUGCAGCAGAUACAGGUUGUCAUCCUGUUGGUUUAAAAACAUCAAACAAAACAAGAACACAUACAAGCAUUUACUCAAAUUUAUAUGAGACUGAUGCAAUAGAAACCAGUUUAGAUGGUGAAAUAU